AUGGUCGUAACCGAGGAUGUAGCCGGUCGCGUUCACUUCGAGUACAGAGAGCUGUUGGGGUCGUCGUGUCGAAAGUGGUUCGAUCGUCCGUCUAUAACGACGCGAACUCGACAUCUUUCCCGAGGAUGUCCAUCGUUUCCAAAUCCAGCUCAUCUAACUGCUUAUCUUCCAUCGCCUCUCCUUUCGAAAAAUUACGAAUAUGAACGGUACGAUAAUGUGACACCGGAACCACAAUAUCUUAAUCCUUACCAGCUAUUUUAUGAGCCUGCACAUUUGUUGCCAGGAUCAUCAUCUUCUGAAUAUCGGACACCAUCACCUUAUCGAACAGCUUGCCAUAUAAAUGUGCCAGUAAUGGAGCGUUCCGUCUACUAUUACUCUCAAGAUGAUGACUCGCAGUUAUCUGAUGACAAGGGAUCAAAUGAAGAACAUAGUUUAGUACCUGUUUCAUGUGGAGAACAUGUCUUCUCUUUUGUGCAAGGAUUACAUGGAAAAUAUCCUGAUCUUGAUGUCGAAGUGACCUCUCAGACGGCUUCCGUGAGUUGUGCCCCGGCCAGGAAAGAAUAUCCAAGAACACCCGUAAGGAAGCAGAAAGAAAUUGUUAAUCAUGAGGAUGUCACUAGUAAUGCCUGCUCUAAUUCUAAUCUUUGCUCAUCAAAAUUCUUCAAAGCGCAACCAAAGGAUUUGCGUUUCAGUUGGAGAAGAAAACUAUCAGCAGCGGCGAAGAAUCCACUUGCACCUCCUGCUAAUACAUCGUACGCGUUGUCGUCGACGAAUAUCGGAAAUUCGCUUCCGGCAACUCAUGCACCGGUGUCUGGUGGGGUUACGCCAGUUGGAACUAUGGUGCACGCGGAGAAGUUCUCUACAACAACAACACCAACCAGUUUCUUCUCACGCAAAGAUAAGAAAAAGAAGGGCAAACGGCCUCGAAUCCGAAAAGAGGACAUCAGCAAUCCAACGAACUUUCAGUGA